CCAGUGGCUUUCUUGGCAUGGCUUUCUCAUUCCACCACAGAUAAUUUUUCUUACUUUUUCCUCAGACAUUACUACAUGCCUGUCUUGCACAAAAAAUGAGUAGAACCAAUAUACUUUCCAGUUUUAUUGCUGUAAGAGACACCUUUUUCUUGGAAGUCAGCAUUGGUAUCACAGCUAAUGCCUUCCUACUUCUCUUCCACGUCCUCUCCUUCUUUCUGACGCACAGGGCCACAUCCACUAGUUUGACCAUUGGACACCUGGCCCUCAACCACCUAGUGAUGCUGAUCACCACAGGGUUCAUAGCCACAGACAUUUUUGAGUCUCGGGAGUUAUGGGACGACAUCACAUGUAAAGCUGUCAUCUACUCGUACCAGGUGAUGCGAAGCCUCUCCCUGUGUAACACCUGCCUGCUGAGUGUCCUCCAGGCCAUCACCCUCAGCCCCAGGAGCUCCUGUUUGGCAAAGUUCAAGCACACAUCCUCACAUUACAACAUCAGCGGUUUUGUCUUCCUAUGGGUCUUCAAUCUGUCCAUCAGUGCACAUUUCUUACUCUCUACUGUUGCCACCACAAAUCGUACGUCCCACAGUCUCAUAGUUGUCACUCAAUCCUGCUCGCUUUUGCCCCAGAGCUACUUACCGAGGCACACAAUUUCCAUUUUAUGGAUCUUCAGGGAUAUCUUCCUUAUAGGGCUCAUGGCCAUCUCAAGUGGGUACAUGGUGAUUAUCCUGUGCAGACACAAUAGGCGGUCCCAGCACCUUCACAAAACCAGCCUUUCUCCAAGAGCCUCCCCAGAGCACAGGGCCACCAAGACCAUUUUGCUGCUCAUGAGCGUCUUUGUGAUGCUGUACUUGAUGGACUGCACUGUGUUCUCAUUCUCAGGGCUGUGGUGGAAAAAUGACCCAGUUCACGUCUGUGUCCAGAUGUUAGUAGGCAAUGGCUAUGCCACCAUUGGUCCUUUGUUGUUCAUCAGUAGUGAAAGACGAAUGAUCCAGUUUUUCAAAUCCAUGUGGGAGAAGGAAAGUAAGUGUUCAAUUGUUCCCUGAUAAAUUUCACUUCUUUCAUUGAGCAAAUAUGUUGAUGUUCAAAUGACUAUUGAUUGCCUAUAGAAUAUGCUUUCUGGUUUCAUUUAAAUGUAUGGAGUUAAGUGAGACCCAAGAUGGUUCAUUAGAGCAAAGCCACACUGACUUCAGCCACAGAAAGACGUUGGUGCAAUAAAGGAUGGGUCAC